UACGAUUGUUUUCGUUGUGUGUGGGGUUGUUAUGUGAUCAGUGUCACACCGUUGCGCUUUUCUCAUCGGAAUAUUCAUGUUAAUUUGGGUAAAUCAUUAAAAAUGCUACGGCCACUCGUUUCCGCAGCGUUACGGAAUGUAAAUCAUUCCCGGGCACUCGUUCGCCCGAUGUUGGUCAAGCCGGCAACUAACAUGAGCAACCUUAAUCGGGACUUCUCCACGAUGCUUCGCAUUAGCAACAGCAGCAUUCAGCGUGUCCCGUUCACUGUUUGCGCCCAGGCAGCCAAUGCCGUUGCCAGCCCUACCGGAAGCAUAUUAACAGCACUUUCAGCGGUUCAACAACAACCGUCCCGAACAGUUAUAAAAUUUUCUCUCGGAAAGGGAAAACGAAAGACGGUGAAAGCGGUCGUAAAACGCUUCAAAAGGUUGCACUGGGGUGGCUGGAUUCGCACCAUGUCCGGUCGACAUAAGCACAUGUGGCGCAAAUCGGCUGCCCGGAAGCACCGGCUGAAGCAGCAUGUGCUGGUCAAUUCCCAGCAGGCUACGUUGUUGGAUAAGAUGGUUACGAAAUAUUGGAAGCGGCCAAGGUUUUACAUUAACGACCCUUACGCUCCCUAUCACACCAGAGAGGAGCUACGUGAAACCCGAAGGAAACCUUUGAAGUACUAGAAUUUAGUUGCGUUUAUUUGAAGGACAUUCGUAGAUGAAAUAAAACAUUAAUUAGCCUUCAAAACA